GAAGCCGCCACGCUUCCAGAAUCCCAGCGACGACGGCCGUUCCCUAGCACUAAUCCUUUCUGUAUCCCCCAAACCCACCCGCCUCCGCCGCCGCUACUCGCAGGCCAGGCAUUCCCCACCUACCCUUAACACGCCCCCACCCCAGCGCCUCCCUCCUCCUUUUUCCGAUCCCAAAUCCUCCCAUCCCCAGACGGCCAGACCUAGCGCCCGCGCCGCCGCCAUGGCCGAAACCGGCGAGUCGUCCCCGAACCCCGCCGCAGCCCCGGAGGACACGCACCACGAGGGGUCGGAGGUGCCUGCUGCUGCUGUGGCGGCGGUGCAUGCGCAGCCGCAGCUGCAGCCCCAGCCGCGCCCGCCGCCGCAGCCAUCCAAGGUGCGUCUGAUGGUCAGCUACGGGGGCCGCAUCCAGCCGCGGCCGCACGACAACCAGCUCGCGUACGUCAACGGCGAGACCAAGAUCCUGUCGCUCGAGAGGCCGGUCCUCUUCGCCGACUUCGCCGCGCGCCUCACCACGCUCGUGGGGAACGCCCGGGACGUCUGCGUCAAGUACCAGCUGCCCGGGGAGGACCUGGACGCGCUCAUCUCCGUCACCAACGACGAGGAUCUGGAGCACCUCGUCGUCGAGUACGACCGCGCCCACAACAACGGCCCCGCCGCCGGUUCCGGCUCCGGCCGCGGCGGAGCCACGCCCAGGCUCAGGGUCUUCCUCUUCCCCGUCCAGCCGCCGCCUCCCCCGCCGCCGGCCGGGCUCCUCGAGCCCAAGGCGGACCAGCGCCUCUAUAUCGUCGAGGCGCUCAACACCGUCUCGCUGCCCUCCUCCAAGCUGGACCCGCCGCCCGUGCCCUCGCACCAGUCGUCCCCGCCGCAGCAGCAGAAGCGGGAGUCGGUGUUCGCGCAACAGUCGUCGUCGCCGCCGCCGCCGCCUCCGCAGGCCAAGCACGAGGCGGUGUUCGUCCAGCAGGCUCCGCCUCAGCCGCAGACGGCGUUUCAGAUGCCGCCGCCGCCGCAGCCGUCGCACGUGGUGCUCACGGCGGCCGGCCCCGACUACCUGUUCGGCCUCGACAACGGCUUCGUUCCUCCCCCGGCGGUGAAGGUCAAGGACCCGGCGGGCGAUCCUCCGACGGUCAGGGAGAAUGUGCCCGUGGAAAUACCUGCCAAAAACGACGACCGCCAUCCCAACCCCGCGGGCGACCACGUGGCUGUCUCCCCUGUCGUCUCUCCUGCGGAGUACCAGCGCCAGAUCCAGGAGCUCGAGAAGCUGCAGGUCGCCGACAACGCCACCCACCAACCACCACCUCCUGCGACGGCUCCGGCACCUACCCACGGCCCCGUCCCCGCCGCCCUCCCGAGGAACGGCAGCGACGACUCCCUUGCCCGCGCCUACCCUCCCGUGACCGCCACCCCAACCUCCAACGCUGAGUACUACAUUCCAAAGUUCCCGGAGAAGCCGCCCGUGCCGCCGCUGUCAUCCGCUCCGCCUCCGACGACCUACGUGCAGGUGCAGGGCAGGUACGCAUCCGUCGCUCCUGGCUCCGGCGCAGACCAUGCCCCCGUGUUCUUCAUCCCGGCGCCCCACGGCUACUUUGCGGCCGCCGCCUCCCCAGGCGCGACCUCCUACCCCGCCGUGUACGCCGUCGCGCCACCCAGUGCCACCGCCAACGGCUCCGCCCCGUCAGCCGUGGUGUCGAACGCCACGGCCUACGCCCCCGCCCCCACACAGGUCGCGUACGACAGCAAUGGCCGCGCCAUCUACUACACCAGCAUGCUCCCCCAGUACCCCUCGGCUGUCAAUGGCAUGUCGGCACCGGGCGGCGUGCUCGGGACAGAGCCCGCGAAGCAGGUGGCCGUGAAGCCGACCGUCUCGUGAGCACACCAACCAGCCUACAACACCUCGCCUCACAGCACAGCCCCUCAUCGCCAAUGAAUGGAUCAAAGGAGUUUUCCCAUCUUUCUUUCAUCCUCACCCGCCCGCCACCCACUCGUCAAUAUGCGUUCGUUAAUACUGUGUCGGUUGGAUUCGUCAACAUGCGUUCGUUAAUACUGUGUCAGUUGGAUUCGUUAUCGUCUCUAGUAUGCACCUAAGUAUAUGUUUUCCCUUAUAAUUGCCUAGAGUUUUCAUUGGUUGUCUAGAGUUUUCUUUUGGCUUGGCGUUUCUUGGUUCCGUGAUAUGAUGAUGAUGCAACUAUUAGUUCUUUGGUGUGCUUAGAUGUAGAUAAGAGUCUGGACAUGAUGGAUAAGCACUAUAUAUAUAUUAGCCUAUUGGAGAGUUGAGUUGGGCAAAUCUUGAUGGUGUCAUCACACUUCUGC